CCCAUAUAUAUACACACUAGCAGAGUGCAGUUUCCUGUUGGUUGCCCUUCAAUUGCAAUUUGCAAACAAACAAACAAACCCCUCAUUUUACUCUCUCUCUUCUUUCUUUCUCUCUCUACCAUGUUUCACUCCAGGUUGGAGCAUUCAUAGAAAUUAGUAACCGGUCCUUUUCGUACUACAAUUUCAAGUCUCGCGUUAAGAUCUUCGCAAAUGAGUUCUCGGAUCACGUCUCAUCAGUUAAACAAUGGGUUGUACGUAUCAGGGCGGCCGGAGCCACCAAAAGAAAAGGCGCCAACAAUGUUCUCCGCCGCAGUGCCUUACACUGGCGGUGACAUAAAGAAGUCCGGCGAACUAGGAAAGAUGUUUGACGGGCCGAGAAAAUCAGGACAGCUAACGAGUGGCCCGUUAAGAACCGGGUCAAUGAGUAGUGGCAAUACAAGUCAUUCGGGCCAACUAUCAUCACAUUCCCAUUCCCAUUCCAUGAACCGAAUGAGUUCGUUAUCAAGCAGUGUUACCGGCUCAUCUUCAAUGAAAAAGAGCACUUCCGGCCCGUUAAACAAACACGGAGAACCGAUACGGAAGUCAUACGCAUCUCAAGGUCAAGGGUUGACUUCCUCUUCCCGCCAAAAUUCCGGACCUCUCCCUGUUCUCCCUGCCACGGGUCUUAUAACAUCCGGGCCGAUUUUGUCUGGACCACUUAACUCCUCGGGCGCACCACGAAAGUCAUCGGGUCCGUUAGACUCUUCGGCGUUCAUCAAAUCACGAACCUCUUCAAUGGUUAAGAACCAAGCGGUUACUCAUUUGAGCCAAGAGGGUUCAUAUUCGUUCUUCAGCAGCUUCCCGAAGCUAGUUUUUUGGUCCAUAGUUUUGCUGUUUGUGAUGGGAUUUAUUUCUGCAGUUUUUAUACUUGCAGCCGUUGGUAAUCCGAUUCUUCUCAUUGUUGUCGGUGUUCUUUUUGCUAUCGUGAGCCUGCCUUUCGCUUGGAAUAUGUUUCGGGGUAGAAAAGCUGUCGUUAAGUUCAUAUCUGAGUAUCCGGACGUUGAGCUUAGAACAGCAAAAGACGGCCAAUUUGUCAAGGUUUCCGGGGUUGUUACUUGCGGAAAUGUACCAUUGGAGUCAUCGUUCCAAAGGGUUCCCAGAUGUGUUUACACAUCCACGAGGUUAUAUGAAUAUCGCGGCUGGGAUUCAAAAGCUGCUAAUCCCUCACAUCAACGUUUCACAUGGGGUCUUCGUUCCGUGGAGAGGCAUGUUGUCGAUUUCUAUAUAUCUGAUUUCCAAUCGGGAUUGAGGGCGUUAGUUAAGACUGGUUAUGGGGCCCGUGUGACUCCAUACGUUGAGGAAUCCGUUGUUAUUGAUAUCAACCAAUCCAACAAAGAUGCUUCCCCACAGUUUAUAAGAUGGCUCGCUGAGAAGAACCUAUCUAGUGAUGAUCGUAUGAUGCGACUCAAAGAAGGGUAUAUUAAAGAGGGAAGCAGUGUGAGUGUGAUGGGAGUUGUUCAAAGAAAUGAUAAUGUGUUGAUGAUUGUUCCUCCACCCGAGCCGAUUCCAACUGGAUGUCAAUGGGCUACAUGUAUGCUUCCCACAAGCCUAGAUGGCAUCGUUUUGAGAUGCGAUGACUCGUCAAAUCCCGAUGUCAUUCCCGUGUAGGGUUUUGCUACUUGGUAGGUCAAAGUUUGACCAAAAUAUGAUAGGUGUAUAGUUGGUUUUGUUAUGUUAUGUUGCAUCCCAUGAUCUUGUUUGGGAUUGUUUUGUUAAUGGUGUUGUGUGAAUUGUGAUAAUUGAGCUUUUGUUAAGGACUGCAUACUUGAGAAAGGUUACAAUUUUCCUGCUUUUUUUUUAAUUUAAUUUUUUUAUUUUCUCU